UCCACCAUUUUCCUCUCUUCCUUUCUCUCUCUUCAAGUUUUCUUUCUCCAGCCAAGCAGAGAGAGAAAGAAAGAAGAGAGAGAGAGAGAGGCACCACUAAAUUAAUAAAUUUCAACAUUCAUUAAAUUCUUUCUCCAUUAAAUUUUUUUGGAAGCAAACAUUUGAUUUUCACGGCUAACUUCCGUCGUGCUAAUCGGAGUUCCAGGAUACUCAGGCCCAACUAAUUCUUAGCUUUUUAAAAUGAUGCGAAUGAAGACUAGGAACGACCCUUUGCCGCCACACAUCGACGGCGGCGGCGUGGGGCGGCGUGGAGGUGGCGUUGAGAAAGAGUGGGAGCUCAGGCCCGGCGGGAUGUUGGUGCAGAAACGGACCGACGCGGAGAACAACCCGGCGGCGCCGCCGCCGAACAUCCGCGUGCGUGUCAAAUACGGAUCGAUCUAUCACGAAAUCCACAUCAGCUCACAAGCCACCUUCGGGGAGUUGAAGAAGAAGUUAACCGGGCCCACAGGGUUACACCACGAGGAUCAAAAGCUGUACUACAAGGAGAAAGAGAGGGAUUCAAAAACGUUUCUUGACACAGUAGGAGUGAAGGACAAAUCUAAAGUCGUGCUUCAGGAAGAUCCAAUCAGCAAAGAAAAACGCUACCUCGAAAUUAGGAAAAAUGCUAAAUUGGAAAAGGCUGCUAAAUCCGUUUCAGAUAUCAGCUUGGAGGUCGACACCCUCGCUGGACAGGUAUCUGCACUUGAAUCCAUAACUUGUAAUGGUGGGAAAGUUGCCGAGAAGGAUGUUGUAACCCUAAUUGAAUUGUUGAUGAGUCAGCUUCUUAAAUUGGAUGCCAUCAUUGCUGAUGGUGAUGUCAAAUUACAGAGGAAAAUGCAGGUGAGAAGGGUGCAGAAGUGUGUAGAAACUCUUGAUGUGAUGAAGGUCAAAAACUCGAACCCGACGAGCAACGGGACCGCCCACCCCCCGUUGAAGCAGAAGCACUCAAACGGGGAGGAACACUCUAAUUCGCCCAAUCAAGAACAAGAGCAGCCAUCGAGGAACUCUGCCUCGGUUGUAAUAACAACACAAUGGGAGACGUUCGAUUCUGCACCACCACCGACGACUUCAACGGCCACGAUUCGUCCAGCACAACCCAGUUUUACAUGGGAUUUGCUCUGAUUAUAUCAUAUAUAUAUAUCGUCGUUAGGUAUACUAUUAGUACUAGAACACAACGUAUUACGUGCUUAAUUAGUGUGGAUGUGCAUCUUUCGAUUUUUUUUUUCUCCAUCCUAAGUUGUUGGUUUGGUAUCUAUUUCUCUCCAUCCAUCCAUUUUUUUUUUUGGUUUAUGUACUGAAAUAAAUGUGAGCUACUGUUAUAAUGUUUGAUAUUAAUUGAAGUAUUAUUAAUUUUUCAAUU